UACUUCGCGCAUAUAACAAGCUUCGCUCAGCAUGAAUAAUCCUCGAUCAAUCAGCGCGUCUGUCCUUCUUGCCUUUAUACUGCUUAUCCCUGGUGUUGGAGCAUCCGUUCGGCGGGAUCUCAGCGACGUUAACUGGAUCAGCCCAACCAGCGGCAGCGCUUUUGACUCCGGGAGCAGCCUCAGCGUCAAGUGGUCGUCAAAGCAAGAGGUCGACACGCCAUCUUUCCGCUUAUGCGUGCCAGACGACGGUUCCUCCGCACGCCGCCGCUCAAUCAUGCCCUCUCAUGUGGUCUUGCGCCCAUCGCAUGGGUAUUCGAGAUCAAGUCGGCGUGCGCUACGAAACCGCGCUUCACGUAGCCAAUCCAUAGUCUUGACGCGUAACUCGCACGAUGGCAACGAAGACGGGGAUGGGUUGGCGAACGGUUCGGAUGGCGAUUCAGAGGACGAUGCGGUUCAUGAAGAUGCAACACCGGAGGAUUCCGACGGGGAGCAAGCAGAUGGAGUCAAAGCCGUUGAUUCAGAUGCCGCCGGUGAUGUUGAUACUGCCGGGCAGGAGAAUACUUCGUGCGGAGAUCCCUUGACUCCCGAGGUCCAAGACGUCGAUGGGACGUAUGUCGCCAUCUUAGCUGCACCGAAUGUCGCUGCCGAGGCGACAUUUUAUUUGCAAAUGGAGGAUUCUUCAGGCCAGCAGAGCAUUUCGCCUACGUUCUCGCUGUCUUCUAUCAGCGCAACGUCGGAUAACUCUACUGCCGGUACUUCGGCAGCGGCAUCGCCCACCGGUAACAAUGAUACUACUCAAGCAGCGCUCGAUAAAGCUCGCAGGCCGCCGCCAGUUGCGGCAUACGCGGUCCCACUCUCGAUGGUUGGAGCCGUUCUGCUGGUAGCCCUAUGCCUUGCUUGGAGGCAACAUAGGAAGCUCAGGCAAGACCGACUGGAGUCCUUAGCCAACAUGGAGAAAAGCAGUCUCCGAACGACCCUCAGCCAUCCGCUCGCUUAUGGCAGCACGACAAGGAGCCUAAAGAACGAGAAGGGUGGCUCGGAGGCGUUCGUCCCGACCUUAUACUCUGAACCUUCCUAUGGUCCCAAUGAGCGAUAUACCGCGAUUCCUCGGAGGAGCUCUAGAUGGGAUUAUGCUCCUGGGUCUAUGGGGGCUGAGCCACGACCUGUAACCCAUGAACCAUGCUGGCCCGCCCUCAACCAAGAUUUCGAGUACCGGUCGACGGACUCGAUGCGCAUGUCGAGGAACUUCGGGACCGCUCCCGUCAGAGCAUUCCGCCAGGCCGGUGCUGCGGGACCGGCAUCGCCACACAUCGAUCGCCGUGCAACGGACUCCGCUGUUCCUUUCGGUGGGGCUCAGGAACGAGUACGCGUUUUGACGCCGGCGAGAAUGCCUUCAGAGCCUCUGAUGCACCACGAGGGUGGCGCCCGCUACUCGAAGCCCCUCCCUCCUGCGCCUCUGCGCCCCCGUUAUACGCCUUCGAUCAAUCGACACUAUGCGUCGCAACCCUCGCAGGCUUCCCCUCACUACAUGCCAGAAAGACAAGAUAUGUGCCGAGAAGCGUAUCAGGCGCCUAUCGGCGGCGUGGACGCGAGAAGCAGGGAAUGCGACGAAAUGUAUGAUGCGGUGCAUAGGGCUCUGAGUAGUGGACACGCGCAUUAUCGCUGACAGUACGCUCCCUUGCCCGUCGAAGUCGUGGUAGU